AUGUUUAAUCAAAAUGAUGACAUUGCAAUGAAUGAUAGGCUAGAUGAAGUUAUGUAUUUACAAAAUGAUGUAAGUGCUAUAAAGCGUGUUGAAAAUAGUCGUAGACGAAAUGGAAGAAAUAGACUUAGGCGAGAUGAAAUUAAUCAUUUACAAAAUGAAAGAAAUAAGCUUAAUCGAGACAACGCUAAUCGUCGCCAAAACGAAAGAAGAGCUGUUGGACAAGUAGAAGCUAUAGAAGCUUUUGUUGUAAAAAUGUCUUUACUUGAAGGCGGUGAUAGACGUCGUUAUAAUCUCCCUUCACAUGAUGAAGUUGCAGUUGUAUUUAUUGGCGAAGAUGGUGCUCCCCCAACUUCCAGGGAAGUUGUUAUUUACCCAAGAGGUCAUCCUUUAAUAAUUGUAUCAAGUAUGUCAGCCAACUCGGAUCCUAUGGUUUAUCCGCUAUUUUUCCCAAGAGGUGAUGCUGGUUGGCAUAAUCAAUUGGUGCAUAACCCUGAGCGUGCCACACUGCAAUAUGCUGUAGAUGCAUAUGUAAAAAUUGAAGGCCAGCAUCUUGUUUUUAUCAGAAAUAAUCAAAAUAAGCUGAGAAGCGAGCAGUAUGAUGCCUUACAUGAACAUAUUAACAACAUUGCCAAUGAUCGUAAUAUUAGACCAGGACGAGUAGUAGUUUUGCCAUCAUCUUAUGUGAUCUGGAAUUUCUGCACAAAUCAAAUUAUCGAUAUCCUGUGA